CAGUCGUCGUCGUCGUCGCGGAGCAAGGCGCGCGGUGAAUGUUCGGCCGUCGACGUGACUGGACGUGACUGUCGGUUCUCGGAGUGGAGUGCGGAGACUGCGGAGAGUCGAGCGAGCGUGGCGGUUGGGUUGGCCAGUGCGCGAGCCACGACCGCGUGAUGCGAACGUUUCCUCGCAGCGCGCCGCGCGGUCGUCAGAGCGUCGUCGUCGUCGUAGUCAUCGUCGCGUAAGGAUAUCGACGAGUGCAAAACGGCGAGCGGCAGCAGGAAGCCCCGAGGAAUCUCACAAUGUGGAGCCCGACGCACGUUCAGGUGACAGUUCAGAGAGCCAAGGACUUGCUGACUAAAGGAAAACACAAAACCAACGAUUGCUUCGUGACAAUCGCACUCGGCAAGGAAAAGUACCAGACAUCGGUGAAGCAGAAGGCUACCAAGGACGUGGAAUGGCACGAGGAAUGCGAGCUGCUGAUCCCGGAACAGGGGAACACCGCGGAAAUCGUCCUCACCGCCCUGCACCGCAACUUCGUGGGGGUCGACGAGUUCCUCGGCACCGUCAGCAUACCGCUCUCCAGCUUCGACGUGUACGAGAGGCCCAAGAACAGAUGGUACGCUCUUAACAGCAAACCAGGCAAAGAGAACACGAAAGAGAGAGGCGAGCUCGAGGUGAAGAUCGGCUUUAUCGUAAAGGCUGGAAGUCUGACCGACCUAAGUAAGAAGGAGCGUCACAAAAGCUCCUUGGGACAACUGUCCACAGCCGCGCAGUCGAUCGGCGGCAGUUUGCUUAGCAUCGGCAGCCUUGAGAAGCGCAAAGGCCUGAAAAAAUUAGCCAAAUCAAUUGGGAACAAAGUUAAAGGCAAGAGCAAGAACCGGCUCGAUGGAAGUAAUCUGGACGAGAGGGAGGAGCGCGAAUUCAAAAUCACACGACAGGAACCAGGUGAAGCUGAUCCCGGAGUUAUCAGCGAAGAUGAAGAUGAAUUCACGUUUGACGAUUUGUCUCAUAAAAGCUCGGCCUCGUCGCUGAACGCACCCGUGCCCCCUGGUGUUAACAGCGGCAAUGCCAACGGUAUCUCGAGUGGCUCGCAGAGCAAUGUCUUCAGAGAGGUGCACACGCCACCGGCACCAAUUAACGCCGCACCGAGCAAACCGCCGCGAUUUGCCAUGAGCGCAUCCGCCACGAAUCUGUCGAAGGUCGACAAUUUGACGAAGGACGACGAGUGGGGCUUGAAGCUCUACGGCAAGCAAGCGAGCAGCGUGCCUAAAAGAUGGGAAAGCAAGCCUAAAAUUGUGGUGGAUGAGCCGCAGGAUAACAAACGCGACGUAUCGCCUAUUCGUUCAUCAUCACCAGUCACAUCGAGAUUGAAAGAUCUUCCGGAACCGCCCAGUCCGGCGCCGAGAGAAAUUCUUCAUCCGAGGAAUAAGGAUGAGAAACUCGCUGCGAGCAAGGAGAAGCUCGCCGCAAGCAAGGAGAAGCUCGCCGCGAGCAAGGAGAAACUUGUGAAAGAAGAUAAGUCGAAGGAUAAGAAGGACGAGAAAUGUGACCCACGAAGUCCCAAGGAGGAAAAGCACGCGAAGAAGGACAAGAAAAAGGACAAGGAGAACAAAUUCAAAGAUGCCAACGACGAGAAUCGCCUGUCUUCCGAAAGGAUCAUCAUCGGCGGCGAGGAUGCCGUUAAGAAUGCCGCGAAUUCUAAGAGUCGCCUGCCGCACGAGGUCCUUAACCAGUUCGAGGGCAAAUCGAGAGAAGAUCUAAUAGAACUGGCGUUGCACCUACAGACGCAAGUCACGGAGAAGAACAAGAGACUCAGCGAUCUGGAGGAUUAUAUCGAUGCACUGCUCUUACGUGUGAUCGAAUGUUCUCCGCGAUUACUUCAGAAUCCGUAUCAGAGGCGAUUGUCAUCCCCCGGAAACCAAUAGAUCGAUAAUUGGCGAUGAUGAAGCUUUCCUAUCUCCACUUGGGGAUCAUUCCCUUUUUAAUGCCUUAGUGAUACUUUUAUUCUAGACAUGACUGACGAGUCGCAAGUGGCUAUUUUUGUUAUUAACAUUGCUCUAUAAAUUUAAUUUAUUUUCUUUUAUGCAUUAUAACUUGAAGGAAAAGAUAUAUAACGUUCUCGUAGCAGCAUUGCGAGAAAUCCAUUUCCCCAUAUUUAUUUAUAAAUCCCGCGCGAGAAUGAUCGUUGGACAAUCGAGUGAUAAGUAAAUAGUAAUUCGCUUAUUAUCGGAAGCCAGUUUAUUACCGAUAUGAACAAAUAAUGGGAUACGGCUGCCAGUUGAAAAUGAUUUGCAUUUCACGUAAUCCCCCGCCGCGUCUUCCCAGUAAAUAAAACCGUCGAAGUUCGAAAAAAAAAGUUUGUGUUCGUUCGCGAUCGAGAUUUCCGUCCAAUCGAGCUUGCAAGGAAACGUAGCGAACACGAUUGUAUCUUGUUUUAUUAUUAUCUGUAAGUUAUCUAAGAACAUUUUAUAUGUAAAAGUUCUGACGGGGCAAAAAGCUUCGCGAAAUAAACACGUGCCUUCCGUCUUGUACAUGUACGCACUCGCAUUAAAUCGAAACCAUAUGCCUUGUUAAUUAAAGCACUGUUUAAUUACGAGCAUUAUUGAAUAAAAAUGAUAUACAAAUAA